AAUCAUGCAUCUUCGCAACUCAACAUCGACAUCAUAGACCAAUAUAUAAUCAGCGAGCAGAACACUGGGCGUUACUCUCGCGCCUACUCAAUCCCAGAACUGGAAUCUUUAAUCGGCCCUUUUCGCACGUCCCCACUGGGCCUCGUGCCGAAGCCGCACUCAACAAAAUUCAGGCUUGUUCAAGAC